AUGCAGAAUGUUUCUCAAUUCUUUUUAUUUGCAGAUCAGGUGGUGUACGUUCAGGGUGCGGCCGCGACACCCGUUGAAUUACUAAGAGCGAUGACCGACUACGGGGUACGCUGCGAUGUAAGAAAUGUCCGUUUAUAUCACAUGCAUCUCGAGGGAGCUGCUCCGUUUGCUAAGCCAGAAAACGCAAAGCACUUUAGAUCAAUUAGCUUAUUCAUCGGUGGCAAUGUGCGAUCCGCGGUGAACGCAGGCAACGCUGACUGCGUUCCCAUUUUUCUGCACGAGAUUCCGCGUCUCUUCAAGGAGGGCUAUGUAAAGCCUGACAUCUCUCUUAUCCAUGUGUCCCCACCGGAUGAAAAGGGUUACUGCUCCUUCGGCACCAGUAUAGACUGUGCUCGGUCCGCUGUGAGUUAUUCCAAACGUGUCAUAGCUUUAGUCAAUAAAUACAUGCCUAGGACCUUCGGUGACGCUCUCAUUCAUGAAAGUCAUUUGGAUUUUGCCGUGGAAUAUCACAAACCACUGCCAGUUCAUCCGGUGAAAGCGCCUUCCAAGGCUGAGCAGAUGAUCGGCAAACAUAUCGCCGAGAAUUUGGUGGUAAAUGGUGCCACAUUGCAGCUGGGUAUUGGCAGUAUACCUGACGCUGUAUUGUCCUUGUUGGGUAACCACAAGGACUUGGGUGUUCACAGCGAGAUGUUCAGCGAUGGCGUAGUGGAUCUUGUGAACAAGGGUUGCAUCACAAACAAUCAGAAGACGAUACACCAGGGCCGAAUUGUUGGCUCAUUUUGCGUGGGUUCAGAAAAGCUUUAUGAAUUUAUGGACAACAAUCCUUUCAUAGAGAUGUUAGCGGUAGAUUACGUUAAUGAUCCUAGAAUAGUUGCCAAGCAACCGAAGAUGACGGCCAUUAAUUCAUGUAUUGAAGUGGAUAUCACCGGUCAGAUUUGUGCGGACAGUAUUGGUACGAGAAUGUAUUCCGGUUUUGGUGGACAGUUAGAUUUUAUCACAGGCGCCGCGAUGAGCGAAGAUCGACAAGGAAAACCAAUCGUAGCGCUUCAAUCAGUCACCUCUAAAGGCCAAAGCAAAAUACAACCGGUUCUAACAUCAGGUGCUGGAGUAGUCACCAACAGAGCGGUGGUGCGAUAUGUAGUGACAGAGCAGGGAAUUGCCAGUCUAUUCGGCAAAAGUCUUCAACAACGUGCAUAUGAGUUAAUUCAGGUGGCUCAUCCCGAUCACAGAGAAGCGCUCGAGAAAGCGGCGUUCGAACGCCUAAAAGUGAUGCCCGCCCCAUAAACUAAAAAGCGCAUGAUGUAGGAAACAUAUUUAAUAGCAUUUUACAAUCGGUCUCCCGUGUACUUUAACUAUGCACAACAGCCAACUAUCAAAGUAUCGCAAAGUGUCUUGUACAACAUUGUAUAUGCUCUCUUACCAGAAGACAAUUCACCGGCCUUC